AUGUCAACUCAAGGCCGAUCGUACAAUGACGCAAUCGAUGCGCUCAACUCCCUCCAGACGCCCUACGCCAUCAUCGAGGCUCGGCGCAAAGCCGGCAUCCGGCCCGAUGCGGCCUCUAUCUCCGAGAUGCGCGUAUACCUGCGACGCAUCGGCUACAGCCCAUCUGACCUCGACCGCCUGAAUGUGCUCCAUGUCGCGGGGACCAAAGGCAAAGGCAGCACAUGUGCGUUCGCCGCGUCCAUUCUCUCGCACUAUCAGAAGGUACAGGGGAUUCCGCGCAAGAUCGGCCUGUUCACCAGCCCGCAUCUCAUUGCGGUGCGCGAGCGGAUCAGGAUCAACGGGCAUCCUAUCAGUGAAGAGGUCUUUGCGCGGUACUUCUUUGAGGUAUGGGAUUUACUUGGGAGGGCGGAAGAAGUGGAGAUAGCACGGGCCAGCGAGGAGAAAGGCAAGGGAGAGCGUGAGACGAGCGGGGUACCAAUGGCAACGCGGCCGAUUUACUCGCGGUACUUGACGCUUAUGAGUUACCAUGUCUUCCUGAAGGAAGGAGUUGAUGCUGCCGUAUACGAGACGGGUAUUGGAGGGGAGUAUGAUGCGACCAACAUUGUCGAGCGGCCUGUGGCGACUGGAAUAAGCACCUUGGGCAUUGAUCACGUCUUCGCGCUUGGCGACACUUUGGAGAAGAUCGCAUGGCACAAGGCGGGUAUUAUGAAGGCUGGAAGUGCUGCCUUUACGAUUGAGCAGGUUCCCGAGGCGGCGGCAGAGCUGAAGAAACGGGCAAAAGAGAAGGGGGUCGACUUGAUAGUCCUGGAUAUCGAUUGUAGAUUGAAAGGAGUCAACGUUCGACCCGACGCCGUUUUCCAGAAGAAGAAUGCCAGCCUGGGAGUCGCCUUGGCAGAGGCGGUAUUGAGCAAGAUGGACCCCAUAUUCAAGCCGAGCCUCGAGAAACUGCCAAAAGAGUUCGUCGACGGUAUCGAGCAGGUGGUCUGGAGAGGCCGAUGCGAAGUCAAGGUUGAGGGACCCGUGGUCUGGCACAUCGACGGGGCGCACACCGUUGACAGUCUGAAGAUGGCUUCAAAGUGGUUUGCGGGGGAGUGUGCUAGCAGAAAAGGGCCGAGGGCCUUGAUUUUCAACCAACAAGGUCGAUCGGAGGCGAUCGACUUCCUCGAGGGCAUGAUUACGGCUCUGAAAUCCCAGGGGCAAGGCUCCUUUGAGCACGUAGUCUUCUGCACCAACGUGACGUACGCUGCAACGGGAUACAAGAGGGAUUUUGUGAACUACCAGUACGAUCCAAAGGCGAUUGAGGCGCUCACCGCGCAGCGCCAAUUUGCGGAGAAGUGGUCGGCCCUGGAUCCGGCUGCGAAGGUGACGGUUAUGCCUACGAUUGAAGAGGCGAUCAAUCACGUUAGGGGCUUGAGUAGGAGUGGUGCAUUGAAUGGGCAAGAGACGGUACAGGCGCUUAUAACGGGAAGUUUGCAUCUUGUGGGCGGAGCACUGGGUAUAUUAGAAGGCGCAGACGCACUGUGA